CUUUAACCGUUGCGUAGUUAACAGUUCGAGAAGCAAUUGAGACGAUGAAACUCUUCGUUGCGCUUUCCUUUGCCUUAUUGGCUUACGCCACCGCCGAUGUUUCCCAUCUAGCGCACAGUGGCUAUCAUUAUCCUGCCCCAGCGCCUCACCACGAGGAGGCUCGGUCUGAGCCGAUAGCGCCACAAAACACUUAUCUCCCUCCAGCAGCACCAGCUCCACCUGCACACGAGUCUGUGCACUCACAUCCAAUUGCACCACCUCCACCACCACCACCGCCACCAGCACCAAAGAAUACUUACAUUCCACCUGCUCCUCCAGCACCACCCGCAGCUCCAGUUCAUGAGGCCGUGCAUUCACAUCCAAUUGCACCACCUCCACCACCACCACCACCACCAGCUCCCAAGAAUACUUACAUACCACCUGCUCCUCCAGCACCACCCGCAGCUCCAGUUCACGAGGCCGUGCGCUCGCAUCCCAUAGCUCCUCCUCCACCACCACCACCGCCACCAGCACCAAAGAAUACUUACAUUCCACCUGCUCCACCAGCUCCAGUUCAUGAGGCCGCGCACUCACGUCCAGUUGCACCUCCUCCACCACCACCACCACCAGCACCAAAAAAUACAUACAUACCACCUGCUCCACCAGCACCAGCAGCUCCAGUUCAUGAAGCCGUGCACUCGCGUCCAAUUGCCCCACCUCCUCCACCACCACCACCACCAGCUCCAAAGAAUACUUACAUACCACCUGCUCCACCAGCACCACCCGCAGCUCCAGUUCAUGAGGCCGUGCACUCGCGUCCAAUUGCUCCUCCUCCACCACCACCACCACCAGCACCAAAAAAUACAUAUAUUCCACCUGCGCCACCUGCCCCACCAGCACCGGCAGCUCCAAUUCAUGAGGCUGUGCACUCGGAUCCAAUUGCUCCAGCACCAGCACCAGCACCAGCUCCAGCUCCAGUAGCACCACAGAACACUUAUCUCCCACCAGCAGCCGCUCCAGCUCCCGAGCCAUCUGCAACCCUGGAGGCUGAUGGUUACCACUACAAGACCGUCCGUCGUGUCGUUUACAGACACCGUUUCUAAGUUAUGUUGCCUU